CGGUCCCCGGCACACAAUCUUGAAACCGGAAGUGGGAAGGGUUUGGGCUUUUGAAAUAGAGGACCCCGUUGCCUGAAGAAAGGAUGUGAUUGGGGGAGUUGGGAAUGUCGGUUUUCUAGAAGGCUGAAGGAGUGUGGAUUAUCUGGGGGUGGUCUGUAAUGCACAAAAUUUGAAAUGGCUUCAAGGGGAGCAAUUGAGACCAGUAAGUUGAAACAGAACUUGGAAGAGCAACUGGAUAGACUAAUGCAGCAAUUGCAAGAUCUGGAGGAGUGUAGAGAUGAUCUGGAUGCAGAUGAGUAUGAAGAGACCAAGAAAGAAACCCUUGAGCAGCUGAGUGAGUUCAAUGAUUCCCUGAAGAAGAUCAUGUCUGGAAACAUGACAUUGGUAGACGAACUUAGUGGGAUGCAGUUGGCUAUACAAGCGGCCAUCAGCCAGGCUUUUAAAACCCCAGAAGUCAUCAGGAUGUUUGCCAAAAAGCAGCCAGGGCAGCUGCGGACAAGAUUGGCAGAGAUGGACAGAGAUCUAAUUGUUGGAAAGUUGGGACGGGACGUCUAUACUCAGCAAAAAGUGGAAAUUCUCACUGCUCUCAGGAAGCUUGGGGAGAAGCUGACUCCUGAUGAUGAGACUUUUCUUUCAACAAAUGCAGGAGCUGCUCUCAGCCAGUUUGUGAGAGUUUCCAGUGAUCUUGGAUCAGGCGAUAAGGUCUUCGCGCUGGCAAGUUUUGAGAAAGCAUCUCUCUUCAGCAGCUCUUGGUGCUUGAUGGCUGUCUGCAGAGGAAUUGUAUGUCAGAGAGAAGGCUAGGCUAUAAACUCCCCACCUCCCACCCUAGGAAAUGACUGUUUUCUGUGUGCAGGGAUUUGGGGUUGUGAAGUCAAACAUCCAAUUUCCACCUGUAGCCUAAAGUGGGUUCAGUCUAGAAAAAGCUUGAUCUGCAAUGAGCAAAAUUAGGUUGUGAAUCUCCCUGUAGGUUGGUGUUCCUCAAUUUUCACUGUCCUCAACUCAAGACCAUACUGUCCAAGCCUCCUCCAAUGUUAGACACACAGAAGUUUGAGGUCAGGUUUACUUUUGGAUCUGGGACUGAAAGCUCUAGUUCAUUGGAGCUAGGGUUGCCAUAUUUCAAAAAGUAAAAACCAGGACACCCCAAAAUUGUUGACUUUUUUUUCCAGGAAACCACUGAAAUUAUUGAGUUUUUCUUUACAAAAGCACCCAAAAAACCCAUGAUUUUUCGAUUGACUUGCCUAACAUCCAGGACAAAGCGCUGCCAUUCAUAAAUUCCCCCCCAGAUGUCAAUUCUGCCUUUGAAAUCCCAGUAAUGUUCUGGAAAAUCCAGGCGUAUGGCAGCCCUAAUUGGAGCUGUUGGAAAACUUCCUUUAGUCAUAGAUUUGACAGAUAAAAAACAAGUCACAUAUGAAGUUUUACAGUGGAGAACAUGUUAGGAUUCCCUUUUCACCCUGGCAGGGCUCUUUUGCCUUUAAAAGCUGCCCAACAGGUAAGCAGUAAAGAUACAAUGGAAUACAAUGGAAAGCUCAAUCAGCUGAAUUUCUGCCUGUCAUGUAGUCUGUUCAAGGAGCAAGAGCCCCAUGGGAAACUUGGGGAGCACCAUACCUAGCAUCCUGUUCCUAAGUGUGGUGGCUUAUGUCCCACAGAAAUAUGGGAAAACCCUGGUUAGAGGAGAGAGCAGGUCUACCGGGAAGUGUGUAUGCGUUUGAGCUUUGUGACUCUGAAAGCCUCCGUGCAGCAUUUCCUAGAGUUAGGCUGCUUUUGACUGCCCUGUUUGUGGUCUUCACUGCCCUCUGUGGCUUGUGAUUAGGCCUUGGCAGUUGGGAAUAGCAUCCUUUUAAAUGUUUCUUCCCUUUUAAAACUGAUGGCUAAAUAACAGCUUGUGUGAAGUCACAGUGGUUACAGACCUUCUUUCCCUGAAAUGCUGUAGCUGUCUCAUUAGCGAUGAUUAGAGGGUUAGUUCCUUGCCUGCAGAAGGGAAGCUUUGCUGCUGUGCCAUUGCAAAUCCGUGCCUUGAGCCAAACCCAGCAGUCACACCGGCUUUAAACAGGCUUCUUCUUCUGAUCUCUCUCCCUCACUCAGCUUAGAGAUUUGCAUUUACUUGUCUCUCUUUGCAUAUUGUUCAUUUCACUUUAAUAAACCAUCACUGAGAAAUGCA